AUGUUUAGAAAUAUAAGAUGUUGUUACUACACGCUAAAUCGUGCUGCUUAUACUACCAAAGUUGCUGUGGAUCCUAACUUGAAGGAGAGUUUUGAUGCUAAAGUGUACAAACCUAGGAAACAUCCAGGCACUACGCGUAUCAAAGUGGCAGCGAUUCCACCAGACAUUCAAAAAGCUAUAAAAGUGAUUCUAGAAGACACUGGCGCGAAAUCGAUGCACCUAGACAGUAUAAAAUUAAACAACUAUAUCCGAUCGCGUCAUUUACCACCAGAAGAAGGAGAAAUCGAGGAAAAGGCAAAGAAAUUUCACGAAAGAAUUUCGAAACAAGUGUAUUCACAAAUAAAUGAAGAGUUAACAGAAGAGAAAGCGUUACUAUAUGAACAGAAAGUAAAAAAUAAAGUUUUUAAUGUAUUAAAAAAGAAUGUUUAUAGAUGGGGCAAUAUAUCGUAUGAUAAAGGAACGUGUUUGCAGUAUUUAAUGAGUCGGGCCGCACAAGAGUAUGCGAUCUUAGUCAGAGUGUUAGACGAAAUUAAAAAAAAAUAUCCAGACUAUAAACCGCGAAGUUUUUUCGACUUCGGGUCGGGUGUAGGUACAGGCACAUGGGCAAUUAACCACUUUUGGUCUAAGGAAAUUUUCGAAUAUUUUUGUGUAGAUACGUCAUCUAGUAUGCACGAUUUAGCCCGUCUUAUACUGUGCCGUGGCAAAGAUAAUGUUGAAAUGCCAUUUAAAGGUUACUUUCAAAGGCAGUUUUUACCCGCAUCUACCGAUCUUAAAUACAGUAUUGUGUUAUCUGCAUAUUCUUUAUUUGAAAUGCCAUCCAUGCAGGCUAGAUUAGAAACUAUUCAAAAACUAUGGAAUAAAACUGAAGACUAUUUAAUAAUAAUUGAACACGGGUCUUUUGCUGGAUUUAAAGUAGUUAAUGAAGCUAGAGAAUUUGUUCUUAACUUGCCUAAAAAAUCAACUGGAAACAACGGUUAUGUAUUUUCUCCAUGUCCAAACGAUAAUGUUUGUCCACGGUACUUAGAACAAGAGACUCCUUGUAACUUUCUUAUGAAAUAUGAAACGUUACCGGUUGUAGGUAAAAGUGAAGUUAACGCAGAUGUAUUUUCUUAUGUGGUUCUUAAAAAGGGUGUGCGUCCUUCUGAUGACCCGCAAUGGCCGAGAUUAGUCCGUGCUCCUGUAGUACGGUCAGGACAUACGAUAUGCAGGCUGUGUACGUCACAAGGUGAAUUAAAAGAGGUUAUAUUCUCAAAAGGUAAGUAUGAUCAGACAACGUAUAGAUGUGCCAGGUCAAGUAAUUGGGGAGAUCUGUUACCUGUAAAAUAA